AAAGCUUGUUUGAUUAAAGGGAUAGAAGUUGCCGGAUUUUGCUAAAUCUGUAGGUUGAAAAUGUUUGAAGUUGAAUUGGAAAUCUCUGUUUCCGCCAAAAUUCAGAUUUUGAGCAGUACAAGUGUUGCUCCGACUGAAGAUCUUAUAGUUGAAGAGUUACCACCAAGACUCUUUGCUCUAGACCGGUACCCUUCGAAGACGAAGAUGAACGCGUACUCCAAACCGGAGUACAUUUCUGACAUAGCGGAAGUUCUUAAGGGAAAAGAUGAGAUGCAGAUGCUUCUCGACUCUCCAUUUGGGUACCUUUUUGGAAUACCUGCUAACAAGUCUUCCUUCUCAGGUAAGCUUGUGCUUGGAUUAAUAUGCCGUCAGUUAGUGACAAAGAAAGUAAAUGAGAUGUGGAUGGUUUUCGGCGGUCAUCCAAUCAAAUUUGGACUAAGAGAAUUUAGUAUUGUAACUGGGCUGGAAUGUGGGGUGUAUCCCAAGAAGAAAGACGUGGAGGCUGUGCUAAAGGUUAAACCUGGGUGUAAAAAAGUCUGGGAUGCUCUGUUUGUGGACAGGUUUGGGGAGAAUGCGACUUCAUUAGUGCAGGAUUUGGUGGCCUGGCUCAAGGAGGAUAAAUCCAUGGAUGGGUGGAAGCAACUGGCUCUAUCACUUAUAAUCCUGGUAGAUGGUGUGAUAGCCUGCGGUAAAAACCCCAUCAGGCCUCAAGAUACGACUGUCGAGAUGACGAAGAACGUGAAGUUCUUCUUGAAAUACCCAUGGGGAAGGCUGUCUUUUACCCGUACUUUGGAGAGGAUAGCAAACUUCCAAACCCCUUCAGAUGUUAAAAAACUGAUAAGGUCUGUAAAGGAUGGGUCUUAUGCACUACAUGGAUUCCCAUUAGCACUCCAGCUCUUUGCGUUUGAAACAAUCCCAUCCCUUGCUAAGCUAGCACCUGAUGACGAAGCUAACAGGACAUUUACUCAGAGGUCUAUCCAUCAUCUUGCCUCACUGCGGGCAAUCAGGACAUCCAACAUCUUGGCCUGUGAGGCUACUGAAGAGGUUGAGGUAACCUAUCUUGUGAAACCAGAUGACAAUAUUUGCCCUCCAUCCCUGUCAUGGGAUGAUGAAGUUGAGGAUCCAAGAGUUGCUUACAUUGAGCGACUGAUGUUAGCUGGUCAUGAGUGGCAGGAGGAAGAAUGGGUUGGAGGUUCAGCUGCAUUCCCAAAGCAGGAGCGCCCACCACAACUAGGAGAGAUACGUGUGAAGAAGAGGAAAAGAAAUGUACGAGCCCCGAAUGCACCUGCUUUGAAAAAACAGAAAUCUGUUGUGGAAGAUGAAAAUGAGGAAACUGCUGAGGAUUGUUCUGAAGAUCCCCAGUUUGAGAAGUUUGUAGUCGAACUUAGGAGGUGUUUCAGGAGGCAGGAAGCACAAAAUAAACAAAUGCAAGAAGACUUGAAGAACUUUGUCCGUCAAGAGAUACGUGCUGCCCUAGAUCCAAAGGGCAAAAAGACAGAACCAACCCAAACUUCCCAUGCUUCACAGAGCCCAACUAAAUCGGUGGUUAAGGCACCGAUUACUGUGAAGAAGGCAUCUAAAAGGAUGUCUACAAAGAAAGUCUUCAAGUCUGGAACAAGAAAGUCUUCAAGGCUGAAGAAUAUAAUGACGUCAGCUUUGGAGAUUACUGAGCUUUCUGAUGGUAACUCUUUCUCUGAGGAAGAUGACCAGGAUGAAGCCAACAAUGAAGGUGGUUUUACUGCAAAUGAUGGACACGAUUUUUCUAACAGAGACGAAGAUAUGGUUGACACUGGAGUAGCUAACAUUUCAGUUGGUGGACCUACACCUUUCCAUCAAGAUGAAGGAGCAGGUGAUGGUGGUGAGUCUGUCCUUGUUGGUACACAGUCAGGGACCGAGGAAAAAGCUAGUGCUGACACAGAGAUGGAAGAAAUUCCAUCUCCUGUACCUUCAACCUCUGCACAGGAUAAAGGACCAAUUGAUGGUGGUGAGCCUGUCGUAGUUGGUACACAGUCAGGGACAGAUGGAAAACCAACUGCUGACACAGAGAUUGUAGAAAAUCCAUCUGGUUUACCUGCAACAUCUGGACAGGGAGAAGAACAUGGUGUCGGCGUUGAGAGUGAAGCAAAUGUUGGGGAGGAACCAGAAAUUGGUGAGGAUAAUGAUAGAGAUACAUCUUCUCAGGCUGAACACACCGAGGAACCCGGCACAAGUGUUGAUGCGGGAGAUGUACCCAAAGUAGUUCCAGAGAGUAAAGUGGAUGACUCAGUACUUCAGGGCACCCUUAGUGAUCCCCCGUCACCAUUUGCAGUAGUUAAGAAUGAGUUGGAAACAAUAGCCUCCAUGGAUUUGGAUGCAGCUAAUGUAAAGGAGGGAGUGUUGGAGGAGCAGGGGAUUGUCGCCGGGGUAGAAGAACAAGAGGAUUCAAACCCAGGGUUAGAUGAAGCAGACACAACAGUUGGUACACCUGAAAAUAUUGAUGAACCAAACAACGAUGCUGCACUCGAAGCAAUAGCAAUUAAAAUUCCUACGCCGGUUGUACCUAAAAAAGUGAAGAAGCAACUAAUUUAUGAGAUGGAUGAAGCCCUUCCUGAAGGUUUUAAGGAAACAACAGUCCUCGUGGAGGAUGUUCCAGAACGAACUGAAGAUUCAGAACUGCUUAUAGCGCCUGGAAAUGUCCCUUUCAACCCCCUGGACAAGGUUGACGCUUCCAAAUUAGAGCUCUUAACCAAUGUCCUCGACGGAGAGAAUGUGAAGCACACUCUUUUCGGGUAUCGCAAAGUGGACAACGAGUUUUUCUCCAUGCUUGUACAACAAGGAAAGUGGGUGGAUAAUAUGCACUUGGAAAUGCUCGCACUCUUGAUGUGGCACAAGAACGGUCAACAAAUGAUAGAAAACCGAUGCGUUGUUUUGGACUUCUUCCUGCUUUAUGAGCUUACUAAGCGUGCUGUCAGCUUCAACAAUUGUAUAAAUAAGCAGGGGUUCAAAUGGGGCCAACGGCUAUACGACAUUGCCAAUGGAAUACACAUACACCGUGAAUCUAGUCUUAGGUGGAUCAAGGAUGUCGACGUGGUAUAUGCUCCGAUGAACUGGAAAGGUGAUCAUUGGGUUGGUUUGGCAAUCCAUCUCAGAGCCCGGCAUAUAAUUGUCUAUGACGCUUUCAUAGAUCACACGCGGGAGUCUGUUGCAUGGUCAAAGAUGAAGCAUGUCUGCGAGAUGAUGCCGUACCUAGUGAGAGCGAUGUGCGCGGAUGUAUUGCCUCAGACAUACUCAGUUGAACCUUUUGGCUAUGAGAGAGAUUUGAACGUCGCUCAAAACCCAAGUACAGGAGAUUGCGGGCCUUACGCAAUGAAGUUCUUGGAGUUGCUGGCGUUUGGUAACCCAAUGUCAGACUUGAUGAAUAUUCAAGAAUCAGAUAUGGCCAUCUACCGUCAGAUAGCCAAAAUAAUGGCUGACAAAUGUUGGUGGUACCUCGGACCUCUGUUAAGAUCAGGGCCUCGUGGAAGAAACAUUGUCUACAGGCCGGAUGUCCUGAAAGAUGCUAAUAUUUACAGCAUGUGCAGUGAUCCCGAUGACUUCCAUGCGGCAGGCCAUGAUCCGAACGACAUCAACGCUGAAGGUCGAUAUAGACCCUUUUUCAAAAGGUGUCUAGAGGCUGGUAACCCGAUUGCUAUUUACCAUGAAGGACUGCGUCUAGUUACCCAUGAGUCUGACAUUAAGGGCACCAUUGUACUUUUACAGCGGAAUGUACCAAGGCACGCCGAUGCAACCCUGGCAUGCGCAAUUCUGUGCAUAUGCGACGGCAAUGCUCACAUGGGUGGUGUGUACCUGCGCAUGUUCGCAAACAACCAUUACGCUUUGGAAUCAGAAGAUACACGUGACAUGUGUGAGGAACUCCUAGAAGAAAUAAAGAAAUAUAGAAUUAGGUUAAACAACACAUACGGCGCAACCUUUUCGUACCCUGAGGAACGUGGUAUUCGAACGCCUCCUUGCGCGAUGCUGUGUUACAUCAGAUCUGGACCCUUCAAAAAUGUUUGCAACGUAUGUUACCUCUGGUGGUGUGCAAGAAGAAUUAGUCAAAUUCUCUAGGCAGUUCUUACGUAAAAUUCUCUCAAUUUCUAAGUUUUUAUGUUAUAAUAUGUGGCCUUUCCAAUUGUACUUUGAUUAUCAGUAAUGCAUGUCUUUUUAUCUACAUCCUUGCUUGUUUAUCAUAUAAUACUCAAUCUUAUGAAUGGUUACAAAUAAUUGUAAUAUAUUUUAUAGUAAAAUGAGAAACGAGUU